GUCUGAGUGGUUGUGAUGGAGAAAUAUUGGAAGUUUUAUGCCAUGACUGUACUGGAGGCGAAGGAAGGACUUCUUCGCUUCAGCCCUGGCAAAUGCAAAAACCACAGAGCAGACCCAGAAGAACUAUUCACAAAACUAGAACGCAUUGGAAAAGGCUCCUUUGGUGAAGUCUUUAAAGGAAUUGAUAAUCGAACUCAGCAAGUGGUUGCUAUAAAAAUCAUAGACCUUGAGGAAGCGGAAGAUGAAAUAGAGGACAUACAGCAAGAGAUAACUGUCCUAAGUCAGUGUGAUAGUCCUUAUGUAACAAAAUACUAUGGAUCAUAUUUAAAGGGCACAAAGUUAUGGAUAAUAAUGGAAUACUUGGGUGGAGGAUCAGCUUUAGACCUUCUGCGGGCUGGUCCAUUUGAUGAAUUCCAGAUUGCUACUAUGCUAAAGGAGAUCUUGAAAGGUCUAGACUACCUACACUCGGAGAAGAAAAUUCACAGGGAUAUAAAAGCUGCCAAUGUCUUGUUGUCAGAGCAAGGAGAUGUUAAACUUGCCGAUUUUGGGGUUGCUGGGCAGCUGACAGAUACACAGAUUAAGAGGAAUACCUUUGUAGGCACACCAUUUUGGAUGGCUCCUGAAGUUAUUCAGCAGUCGGCUUAUGACUCAAAAGCUGACAUUUGGUCGUUGGGGAUCACUGCUAUUGAACUCGCCAAAGGAGAGCCACCCAACUCAGACAUGCAUCCAAUGAGAGUUCUCUUUCUUAUUCCAAAAAACAAUCCUCCAACUCUUUUAGGAGAAUUCAGCAAACCUUUCAAAGAAUUUAUUGAUGCGUGUCUGAAUAAGGACCCAACAUUUCGCCCCACUGCAAAGGAACUCUUGAAGCACAAAUUCAUUCUGAAAAAUGCCAAGAAGACUUCCUACCUGACAGAACUUAUCGAUAGGUUUAAGAGAUGGAAGGCAGAAGGGCACAGCAGUGAUGAAACGGAUUCCGAUGGUUCCGACUCGGAGUCCAGCAACAAGGAGAAUUAUUCUCAUCCCGAAUGGAGUUUUACUACAGUUCGAAAGAAGCCAGACACACACAAACUGCAGAAUGGAACGGAUCAAGACCUUGUGAAAACCUUGAGUUGCUUAACUAUGAUAAUCACACCUGUGUUUGCUGAGCUUAAACAGCAGGACAUCAAUAAUGCUAGCAGGAAGAAAGCAAUUGAAGAGCUUGAGAAGAGCAUCACUAUGGCAGAAUCUACGUGUCCAGGGAUCACAGAUAAGAUGGUGAAGAAACUUAUGGAGAAAUUUCAGAAGUUUUCUGUUAAUGACUCAUCCUAAGAAACUUCCGAUAAGCGACUGCUGUUUCAUAUGGACCCAGUGAAACCCACCAAAACUACUUCAAGCUUGGCAGUGCUUAGCUCAUGAGCUCCUUGUGCCUUUUGGAUCUUUGCAACAUGAUGAUGAUGAUGAUGAUCAAGGAUUUGAAAGAACCUACUUAACUAUUUUGUGAUGGUGUAUAUGGUUUUAUAUUUUCAGGAAAUUAUUUUGUAAAGAACAACUUUUAAUAUUGUAGUUUCACCUGUUGAAUCAGAUACAUGUUGAGGUGCCGUUUUGCUUUUAGAUGUGGCCAUUACUUUAGUUAAUAGGAAGUGCAAGUACAGUAUGUGUGGAUUCUAUUUUGUUACUGGACAUCGAUGGGAACGUACAGGUCUUUUGUAUUCAUCAGUUAAACUUUUGUAAAUCACUAACAAGCUUCAGAAAUAGCCUUUUCUCACGCAUUCAAAAUAUGUAAUGUAAUGGGUAGGAUGUGGCUGUAGCACCUGCUUGGAUCACCAUCGUUUUAUCAUACCCUAAAACUAAACCUGCGACAAUAUCUCUUAGACUUCUAAAUUGGUACAGCAUUUUAGGCAGCUCUAUGAUUAUACAUAUUUGAGAGCAAUAUGUCAGUAGUUUGCAGGUGAUAUGUAGCAGCAGGUAUAACCUGAUGUACAGUAGAUGUUACCUUUUAGAACAGAUUUAGAAGUAGUAAUUAAAUCUAUUCAUCAUGGUAGGAAAUGUAAAGCAAUACACUUGCGGGGUGGGGGGCGGCUUUUGGCAAUAAUGGACAGAAAUCGAAGUCCAAUUUAAUUUAACAUUUUCUUUUGAAUAUAAAAACAGCGCAUUGUAUGCUUGGGUGGGAGAGAACCAGAGAGAAGUCAGGUGACAUGUGACACAUACCUCACAUGCAGGUAUCGGUAGAACACCAGCGUUUUGUGUGGUGGUGAUGUUUUCCUGUAAAAUAUUUAUACACUUCUGUUCUGAAAGUACUUAAAUGCAGUACGUCAACAUCAUUUGUUUAUACUUUUCUGAAAGUGUAUUUUAAAUAUGUAUUUACCAGUCAAUAUGCAAAUAAUUGAGUUAUAGAUAUUCUUUCACAAAAAAGUAGUUCUGUGCAGUACAGAGUGAUUUUUUUCAUAAAGUAGGUAAAAGUAUACAAUUGCUUUCAAUGAUAUAUUUAUGGUACUGCUAGAUGGGUAAGAUCCUUUUUCUUUUCAACCCAGUAUGUAUAUUAUGCUGAAGUUUUGAACUGGGAUUGUAUUUCAGUACUUAGCUGUGGAACUGUUGUUGUAAAUUUAUUUUUGAUAAAGGCUGGAUGUGUUUAUUUUAUGGUUCCUGCACAUUUUGUUUUUGCACAAACGUCAUUUUAAAGAACCUGAAAUAUAUCUGCCAAAUAUUGAAAAGUAAUGGUGUGCAAACAAAUCCUGCAUUUUUAGUCAAAAGUUGCCAUUACAUCGUUUUUAUAUAAAGGACACUUGUUGAGAGAUGGUGGUUAGACAUGCCAAGGACAAUUAUUUUCAAUGGUGCCUACACUGUAAAAAUUACUUUUAGCUCCUUAUUUUAAUUUUAAAUAAAUAUCUCUGUUUAAAACUUUCAUCUGCUAUGUAACUGAAACUCAAUUAGAAUUUAUAUCUGAGAAAAAAGUCUGGAAAUAGUUUUGAAAACAAUAAUGUUAUGGAUUAAAUAAAUAUUUUUAUAAGUGUAAAAGCAGCAAAAGUUGUAUAUACAGUUGAUCUGAGGCUUUACAAAAUAACUGCAACACAGAUGCAAAUUGUAGUGCUCCUAUAGCUGAUGUAGUCGUUAGCCCUGUAAAUCUGUUCAUAGAUGUAGCUUAUUUCAAUGUUUUGGGGUUUAAAAAUAAAUAUUUAAGUUCUGUAAACUUUCAUGACCCAACUUUGUUGUGCAUUUUAUUUUGGAUUUAGCUAAAUUUGCACAAGUAUUGUUUUAUUAUGGUUUCCAGGUUAAAUGUUUCCAUGUAAACUGAAAGAGAAAAUGGCUUUUCCCAUAUUGUCCUUGUCCAAAGAAUACCUAUUGGAAUUUAGACAGUCAGGCAUGUGGAGCAACUCCAGUGCUCAAUUUGAUCUCAUUCUUGAAGCAUAAUCUGUCAGUACAUGUAUGUGUGUUUGCUGACGUAUAUAUAUGGUACCAUGGACUGUUCUAAGUGCUGCAGCAUAUCAAAAGUGCACUGUGAACUCCUUUUUCUGAUUGACGAUACAGAAAGCACUGUGCCACAGUUAACUCUGAUUUUAUACUUCUCCAGUCUCAACACCAAAAAUCUCCCUAAACUACUCCAUACUCAUUUCUCAGAAUUCAAAACUCCAUGUUUUUAAUUCCAUAAUCACUUUCCCUCUAGAUGCUCUCUACUUCGGGAGUGUGUGUGAUCCUUUCUGAAUUUAGUAAUUGAAGGCUACAAUCCCUCAUCUUGAUGCCUGGGGCUUUAUUCUACGCAACGUAAAUGAAACCUGUUCUGAGUGGCUCGAGCAGUGGGCUCCGUGUCAGGGAAGUAGAAAUUCUGUUCCUGGCCCUGCCCACUCCUUGCUUGUGUGUGACCUCAACCAAGUCACAGAACUACUGUGCCUCUUUCCUUGUAAAAUGGGUAUAACACUUACCUACCUCAGGGGGGUGUUGUGGGGCUAAAAUCAUUGUAGGCUGUGAAGAGCCACAGUCUUCUCUAGUGCUGUGCAGUGGAGGAGCUGAAAGUACUGCACUGCAAAUAGGAUUUGCUCGGCUGAAGUCCUGUACAUCACGAUGGGAAUAUAUUCUACUUUUUAGUACAGAUGGUUUAUUAGGGAAGAAUCCUCUGGCUUGUGUAUUUUCCCUAUUGCGUUAAGGAGAAUUGACAUUUUAGUCACUUAUGGAAAUAGAAUUGUAGUAAAAAAAUGUAUUGUAUUAGUCAUACUUGGGUAUCAGUCCUUUGUCAAUGGAAUCAUUUCGGGACCCUAUUAAUUCUGCUUGUCUCAGAUUCUGCCACGGUUUUGUACAGUAUACAUGUAGUAAUCGUUAAAUCUGUUCUUACAUUCAAGUGACUGCUUAGUGACCAGAAAGCCUGGAUUCUUAAUGUGUUUGCACAAGUUUAGCCAUUGUUAAAGGUCUGGCUUUUUCACGCUGUUUUAACUCAACACUGGAAUAAAUUCUUUUUCCCCCCCUUU